CUUCCCCACAUGUAGGCCCCGCGGCGAUCCCCGCCCUCGAUUUGUUUUCCCUCCCGGCGAAGCCGCCUGCUUGGCGGGGGAGAGGGAGCAGGCCGCGGCGGGAGGAAGAAGAGAGAGGAGGAGGAGCAACCCUUCCCCGUCCUCCUCCUCCCCCUCCGCCAGCUCCGCCUCGGACAUGGAGAGCUUCCUGGGAGGCCGCAAAGCCGCCCUUCAGGAUCACGUCCAGAGGAACCAGGAGGUCCACGUGGUGAUGGGGAACGAGGCCUGCGACCUGGACUCCAUGGUGUCCGCUUUGGCCCUCGCUUACUUCUUUGCAAAGACCGCCCCGGACUCGAAGGCAGCCUUCAUCCCGGUCCUGAACAUCCCCCGCUCAGAAUUCCCUCUGCGCACGGAGAGCACCUUCCUCCUCAAAGAGCAGCGCAUCGUGGAGAGUUCGCUCGUCUUCCGGGACGAGAUUGACCUGGCCACCCUGAAGCAGGCAGGCCUUCUUUCGCUGACGCUGGUUGACCACCACGUCCUGCCGAGUGGGGAUGCGGGGCUGGAGGAGGCGGUUGUUGAGGUGAUCGACCACCGGCCCCUGGAGCGGGAGCGGGGCCCUCCCUGCAGAGUCACGGCAGAGCCGGUGGGUUCGUGCACCACGCUGGUGACGGAGAAGAUCCUGCAAAGCCCGGGGCAGGUUUUGGACAGGCAGACAGCAGCUCUCUUGCACGGCACGAUCGUUCUGGACUGUGUCAACAUGUCCCCCGAAGCUGGCAAAGUGACCCCGAAGGACACCCAUUACGCUUCCCUUUUGGAGUCGAAGUUCCCCGAUCUGCCCUCGAGAAGCGUCAUCUUUGAAGCCCUGCAGAGGGCCAAGUUUGAUGUCUCAGGACUCACCACAGACCAGAUGCUGAGGAAGGACCUCAAGGCCCUCUCUGGGGAAAAUGCUGUGAUUGCGCUCAGCGCCGUAUACAUGAACCUACAGGCCUUCCUGCGCCGUCCCGGUUUGGAGCAGGAGCUGUCCGCCUUCUGCCGGCAGAGGAGCUACGACGCCUUGCUUGCCAUGACCAUCUCCUUCAACGAGCAGAACGUGCCUUUCAGGCAGCUCGCCGUGUACAGCCAGAACCCGGAACUCCAGGCAGCGGUCUGUCGAGCUCUGGAAACCUCCAGCAGCCCUUCCCUGAGCCUGUCUCCCCUCGAAAGCCCAUACGCCACCGUCCGAGCCUACCACCAGGGCAACACCACUGCCUCCCGCAAGAAAGUCCUCCCCCUCGUCCGAGAUUUCCUGCGGGAGUGGGACCGGCUGGCCCCCGCCGCCAUGCAGCCCGAGGUCACGGCCCCAUGCGACAAGACGAGGCCGGAGCCCCGAGGCACCGAAGCCUGCGAGCGAGAGCGGGGGGCCGGUGGCCCCAGGAAGGACCCCGCGAAGCCACACCGCCUGGGGGACGACCUGGCCGCGGACGACGACACCCCGCUGCCCCCCACGCCGAUGAACAGCCUGGUGGACGAGUGCCCCCUCGACCGGGGCCUCCCCAAACUGUCGGCCGAAGCCGUCUUCGAAAAGUUCAGCCGCAUCGCCGAGGCUCGCUCCUCCGCGGACGACGAACCGGGGAAGAAGUGAUGCUGGACGGACUGCUUUUUGAACCCGGGGAAAUUCUCUAGCAGGGGUGUGUGAAUGUGUUUGUGUGCGCAAACGGACGCACGGACGGACGUGGGGGAAUCCAACGUGCGGCACUUUUCUCCGCCACGCGGUCCCGCACGCGGAGGAACUAGAGGCAGCGGGGAAAGGAUUUUGGGCAGGGAGAUGGUUGGACAAAGCGUUUCUGCGGCUUGGGGGGACAGACCUUGAGCACGGGGUCUACACUAAUGGAAAAGGCUAGAGACAAAGUUUCACAGAGCAGGUAAUCAUAAUAAUAACAAUUCAUUAUUACGGCCGGAGACCAGUUUGCAAAACACAUAAUGCGACUGCACUCCCGAAAGCAAAGCAGACAUUUAAAACAAUAUACAACAAUGGCAGGUAUCAUUUUCUAGAUCGCAGGGAGACCUCUGUCGACGGGGGUCCCAGGGCAGGUCUGGCUUUUGGAAACGAUUCGUGUCUACUGUUCGCUCCCCGGUUCCAUCUUCCGUUAAGAUCAAGAGGUUUUGAUCCAGGGAGCCCAAGGCUCGUUGAAACGGGGAAGAGAACGGUCCAGCGAGUUGUUGAUCCAGAGAUAGGCCGUUGUCUCAAUAGGAAUCAGAGAAAGACAUUGAUAUCUGCGGGACAUGCACACACGCACCCUGUUUGUCUCACCGUCACCUCCGGUCCAACAGCUCAGGCAGGCUUUUUUGGGAAACCUUCCAGACCUGUUAGACCAGGCCAGAGGGGAAAGUACGGCGAGACUUUUAGCUCCGCACCGGGGCAGCCGCUGCAGACGAAACUGAACCGUCACUUUUUGCAAGAUUUUGGGUCUGGGGAGGGCUUCACCGCGGGCCAAAGACUUCAGCUGCCUCCGUGUGUCUGUAGCAUGCUGUUGUGGAGUGUGUUUGAAAUGGAUUUAAUACAUUUUCUAAUGAAUAAAAGCAAAAACAAAGAACCUGCA